UUGUUUCAUACAAAAUUAACACUGAAAUUAAUGCCUCGCAAAAUAAAGAAGAACUUGAUCUCCCUCCAUUAGACAAAGUUCUUGAUAAAGUCACAUCUCCGGUGAAAAAACUUCUCGAAGAUCUUCCGAAGAAAAUUUUAGACACUGACUCUCAAGAUUCAUUACCAUCCGUCUAA